AUGGCAUUUAAAUUAAAUGUAUCAAAAUAUAGACAUACCAACGGUAAAGUUGAUAAGAAGGAAUUAUGGUAUCCAGAUAUCAAUACAUCAGGUAGUAGUGCUGCAUCUACAUUUAUCAAAGCAAACACUAAAUAUAUAGCUGCAAAUUGGCAAGCAGGUACUGGUACUGUCGGUAUCAUCCCAUUGAAGCAGUUUGGCAAGAGAAAGGGUGAAGUUUACACUAUUCACGCACAUUCAAAUCAGUUGACCGACUUUGAAUUCUCACCAUUUGACCAACAAUUGUUGGCCACUGCCUCUGAAGAUGCAACUGUCAAGCUUUGGUCUCUGCCAUCUGGUUUGACAGAGCCUGCAACCACUAGAGUAACUCUAUCUGGUCACACUAAAGCUAUCGACUCUGUUGUCUUUAAUCCUGUCGCUGCCAACGUAUUGGCAUCGGGCAGUUUGGACAAGACUGUCAAGAUUUGGGAUUUGGAGAGUGGACAAGAACGUAUCACUUUGGAUUGUUUUGACAAUGCUCUUACUGGUAUUGCAUGGAACUAUGACGGUACAUUGUUGGCAACUGUCUCCAAGGAUCUAAAGAAUCGUGUCAUUGACGUUCGUUCAAAGACCGUUGUUCAACAGGGUGAUGGUCAUCAAGGUGUUAAACCUGCUCGUGUCGUUUGGUUGGGCAACAGCAAGUAUUUCUUGACUGUUGGUUUCUCCAAGAUGCGUGAACGUCAAUUGAUGGUCUGGGACAGCAGAGAUGUAAGCAAGUCUGUCAAAUCUGUCACUUUGGACAGUUCCACUGGUAUCAUCAACCCAGUCUAUGACCAAGAUGCCAGUCUUCUUUUCAUUGCCGGCACUGGAGACAGCACCAUUCGUACCUUUGACAUGAACACUCAAUUCACAGAAGAACCAGCCCUACAAGAGUUGUCACCAGUCCCAACCGACUCUCCAGCCAAGGGUAUUUGUGCCAUCCCCAAGUUGGCACUCGAUGUGAUGGAAGUUGAAAUUGAUCGUAUCCUCAAGAUCACUGCCAACUCUAUCCAACCAAUCACCUAUUCCAUGUCAAGAAAGUCAAAGACCUCUUUUGCCGAAGAGCUCUUCCCCAACACCUCUUCUCAAGAACCAGCUCUCCAAGCUCAAGAAUGGUUUGAUGGUGAAACUCGUGUUCCAAACCUUGUCUCUCUUGACCCAGCUAAUCGUCCACAAGUCCAAGAAGACAAUUACAACCAAUCAACAAGCAAUAAUAGUCCAUAUGCUUCUGCCACCUCACCAACCACACUCUCUUCUCAAUUUGAUAGCAAACUUGUCUUUGCCGAUGAAGCACCCAUUCUCGAUAGCAACUAUGUUGCUCCAGACCUCAGCAACCAAGAACCAGAACCAGAAGUCGUUAGCAAGAGACCAGAAGACAAUGUAGCUCGUACUGGUAUCGUCCCAAAGGUUGUCCGUACCUCCAAGUAUCGUCACAUUGCAGGUACCGCAUUCCCACGUUCCCAACAAUACACCAAUCUCAAGGUCAGCGGUAACACCUCCAACACUUGUAUUGCCUCUAAUUCUCUCUACUUUGCCGUACCAUUUGUUGGUACUGGUGGUCCACUUGCUGUCAUUCCAAUUAGCCAAGUCGGACGUCAAAUCAACAACCCAUGCAUCGAACUCGGAGCUCAAUUGUUGGACUUUGAUCUUUCACAAUUCAACCCAGAUUUGGUUGUAACCGGUGGUGAAGAUCUUCACAUCAAGGUGUGGCGUGUACCAGAGGGUGGUCUCCCAAAGACUGGUAAACACUAUACCAACUUUGAAAUUGAUCUCACUGGUCAUUUCCGUCGUCUUACAAGCGUCAAUUUCCAUCCUACCGUCGCCAACGCUCUCAUCUCUACCGGUGGUGACUUUAUGGUCAAGCUUUGGGAUAUCGAACAACAAAAGGAAGCAUUCUCUUUUAACGAUCAUCACACUGAUAUGAUUACCUCUAUCGAUGUUUCAAGACAAGGUGAUCUUUUCCUUUCAUCUUCAAAGGAUAAAAUGAUGAGAGUAUUUGAUCCAAGAUCAAAUCAAUUAAUCUCUGAAACAUUAACACAUACAGGAUCAAAGGGAGGAAAAUCAUUAUGGUUAGGAACAACUGGAAAUAUGUUUAGUGUUGGAUUUAACAAAUCAUCAGAGAGAGAAUAUCAAUUAUGGGAUUCACGUAAUCUCGGACAACCAAUCAGUUCUGGUGUAUUUGAUCACUUGGCUGGUGUCAUCACCCCAUACUAUGAUGAAGAUACAGGUGUUGUUUAUUUGGCAGGAAAGGGUGAUGGUUCCAUUCGUAUGAUGGAAGUCAAUGACAUUGAGCCAUAUGCUCACUUCCUCACCGAAUACAGCAGUGGUUCACCACAAAUGGGUGUCUCUCGUGUCUCCAAGAACGAAUGCAAUGUUCGCAAGUGCGAAAUUUCAAGAUUCUUCAAGGUAUCAGACUCUACCGUCGAACAAAUCUCUAUCAAUGUCCCACGUAAUCGUAUGGAAUUCUUCCAAGACGAUAUCUACCCAGAAACUCGUUCCAAGGCACCAGCAAUGACCGCCCAAGAAUAUUUCAGUGGUGGUUUGGCAAGAGAACCAACCAUGGUCAGUCUCUGCCCUUCCGAUAUGACUCCACUCUCUCAAGCUCCUGCCAUCGUCAAAAAGGAACGUGAAAUUAUCAAAGAGGAAGUCGUCGAUGACUCUCCAUCACGUGACCAAGUGAUCCAUGGAUUUUUGGAUCGUGUUCAAGCUCAAAACCGUGGUGGUAUUGUAAAGAAGGCAAAGAGUGAAGCUGUUCCUUUAUUUGUUGAAGACGAGCCUGCCGUGGCAGACGAUGAGUGUGGCUUUGACGAUCCAGAAGACGUUCUUGCCCGUUGGGGAGCUGUUUUAAGUUCUACAAACAAAAAAUUGUUGGAAAUUGCUAGAUCAAUUUCUUCUGAAGAAUUUGAAACCCACCAAUCAAUAUUGAAUUUUAUCAAAUAA